AUGGCAAAACACAUUCAUCAUAUAAAAUUUUCCGAAGUUCCUUACCUCGACUGUCAACCAUGGAUUAUCAUCCUUCAUCAAUUAGACGAAUCCGGUACCAUCAUUCGCCUCCCAACCGCAGAUGCAUUAACAUUUCUUCGCCCAUUUAAUGACAUCAUUCACUGUCAGAACCAUAUUAAAUCACACGAACGAAACCCAUUUGCAUUAUUCGGACAUGAAGACAAUAUCCGAACAUGGUUUUACAAUAAUAAUAUUAUUCCAGAUAAUCUUGAAGAUAUUAUUGUCUUUGGUGUUGAUAAAAAAGAUUUAAGAAGUUUCAAACAAUGGUUGAGACGAUACAGUCGGAAUAUUCAAACUGUUCUUCCGACUGAUCAAUUGGAAAGAGAAUUGAUUAUGUUUGGAAUGAGACACAUUGAGAAUGUACUGGAUGACUUUCAAGAUCCAAAUACAAAAAAUUUAUUGAAACAAGAUUUGCAAAAACUUCAUGCAGCUUUAGAUGAUUGUUUAAUGAGAAUUAAUCAAAUAUUAGAUAACGAAAUUGCGAUGAGUGUUGAAGCGAAAUGA